AGUAGCUUUCAGUUCCGUACAAGUAAUACUCGCUACUUUCCUUUGGAGAGCAACCAAUUUGCGCUUUUACGUGAUAGAACGGCACUUCAGUGCUUUCUGGACUACUAAACGAUUACACAGACUCUCGAUUAAAUUCGCCAACCAAAGCUGAGCGGCUCGAGUUGGAAACGCGCGCGAUAUCAAGAUUAGCACAAUUUUUAGCCGCCUCUCGCUAGUUGUCUGAGCCGUCGACAAGCAUCUAGAGUAGCUGCCAGAACAAACCUGAGGCAUUCUACCGGUGCGCUACAGGUUGAGCCACUGAGUCGUUGUUAUUCUCGCGUAGACUACUGUAGUCGCGCGGUUCGGCAGCUUUAAGCAAAAGUCCCCGGAGACUUAUCGCUAUCAUCAUUCGCAAGGUAUCCGGUGCUUGAGCAGCAUCGCGAAUCAAUAGUCCGCGCAUAAUCGAGUCGUUUACGGGAGCGCUGAUAUUACACUCAGCCGGAUUCUGCGGUCCAGUUCAGAACGAUUCUUCACCUCCCCACGGGCAGAUCGCGACCUGUUGUUAAUCAAUCGUGCUUACAGAGUUCAAUCGAAAAUUGAAGUAAAAAGCGCGAAUCGAAUUCAAACAGACAUUCCUUGGUGCAGCAAGUGUGGUACAAAAAUUGAUAUUUUCCGAAAACAGCUCAGUUUGUUUGAUCAGGGUGCAUAUACGCAACAAAUCGCUAUCACUGGUAAAGUCCCGCGCAAAUUUAUCACAGAACUUUUACAAACAGCUGACGCGAUUGACGAGCUGUCUGCUGCUAAUCAACGUUACGAUCGUUCACGUGCAAAGCAAACACGCCUCGGUUUCCUAUUAGGUGUCUCGAAGUGAAGCUCAACUGCAGUGAGGAAAAAUAAAGGACAAGGAAAAACGCAGAACAACAUUGAAAGAAAGAAAAUCACGACCGGUGUCGAUCGCUGUUCGGGGUACCUGAGUGACAUUGAAGGCGGAAGCGCGCGGGAACAGUAAUAAUAAAACACAAAUUAAAAAAGUGCGUCGCUGAUUCGGUUCUAAUGCUGCAGCACUUGCAACCAGAAACCUUCUAAAACGUGGGGCGGCCCAUUACCUGGGGUGUUGUAAGUAGGGUGGCAUCAAAUCGGUGUUUAGUGCAACACGUUACGACCUUUCCUACGUCCUAACGUAGAGUUGAAGUGUUGAAGAAGUUGUUGUGCGUUUGACGAAGAGCUGUGAUUAAUAGCAGAUAGCAAAAAAAAAAUGACGGAAACCAAACUACCGAUCUCGAUCCGGCCAAACCGAAGGGUGGUCAACCAGUAUCUGGCGGCGAUAUGUGUCAACAUCAUUUCUCUCUCACAGGGCACGGCCAUCGGUUGGCUGUCCCCAUUCCUUCCUCUGCUGAUCUCAACUAACUCUCCUCUGAGCACCGGUCCCGUUACGGAUAUUCAGGCCACCUGGAUUGCCUCGCUACUGUGUGUGGGCGCCAUCUUCGGAACGGUCCUGUUUGGCUGGUCUGCUGACAAAUUUGGCCGGAAGUUCUCGCUAUGCCUUACGGCGCUACCAUUGAUCGGAUUUUGGGCCUGUGUCGCCUUCGGGACGUACGUGGAAAUCCUCUUCGUUGGCCGGAUAUUGGCUGGCUUGGGUGCUGCUGGAGUUUUCCUGUUGGUUCCACUUUAUGUCAGUGAAAUUUCUGAAGAUAGCAUUCGAGGAUCGUUGGGUUCAUUCUUCAUCCUUUUCAUCAACGUGGGAACUUUGGUGUCCUUUGUGAUUGGAACCUACCUGUCGUAUCACAUCACAUCGUACAUUCUAAUCUUCCUGCCCAUUCUGUUCCUGUUGUGCUUCAUCCGGUUACCGGAAACGCCAUCCCAUCUGAUUCGAUGCAACAAGCUUGAAUCGGCUGAAGCGUCGCUCAAAUUUCUUCGAGGAUACACCACAUCUCCCGAGGAUGUUGCCCAACUCAAGGAAGAAAUGACCAAACUGAUGAGCCAAAUCGUGAUCCGGGGCAAAGACUCCAACGAUGAAGCAUCGAUUAAAUUGGCUGAUUUUGCUCCCUUCUCCGUCAAGAAAGCUAUAAUCAUCGGUAUGGUAUUGGUGGCUUUGAAUCAGCUGACUGGAUGUUUCGCUCUUAUAAACUAUACGGCACAGAUCUUCGCUGAUGCUGGUUCCGAUCUGGAUCCUAACGUUGCAGCCAUCAUCGUCGGCGCCAUCCAGAUUGCCGGAUCGUACGUCUCGACGCUGGUCGUUGAUCGAUUGCGGAGAAAGCUCCUCUACAUCAGCACCGCCCUUGGAUCGGCAAUCGGUUUGACCGCCAUGGGAACUCAUGCCUAUCUCAAAGUGAUGGGCUAUGACGUGAGCGCAAUCAACUGGAUCCCGGUGGCCAGCCUUUCCUGGGUCAUCUUCAUCGCCUCAGUUGGAAUUCUUCCGCUGACCUUUGUCAUCCUGUCGGAGAUCGUUCCUCAUAAGCUCCGAAGUUUGGUAGGAUCCCUGUGCACCACCUUCCUCUGGGUGGUGAGCUUUUUGGUGGUGAAAUAUUUCCCAGUCGUGGUCGAGGUCCUGGGCAUGCAUGGUUGUAUGUGGACCUUCGCCGGAUGCUGUCUAUUCGGGCUGCUCUUCAAUGCGUUCUUCAUUCCAGAAACACGAGGCAAAAGUAUCGACGAAAUUACGCUCGCCAUGGAGAGCAGGGAGAAGAAAUAAUUUCAGAAAUAGUAUUUUCGGAUAUUAUUUUUAAAACCACAAGGUGCAAAAAGUUGUAUCGUUCGUCACGCGCGAAAUGUGCAAUACAUAUAGUUAACUAGGGAAACACCAACAAACAACUACUGACAAAUAGUAAAACAAAAAUAAACAUUCCCUCACAAACCGUUGGCCAGUGCAUUAUGAGAGCAGGGUAUCGACGAUUGUAAUCCGAUCGAAGCUUUAAGCCCAAAAGCGUUAUUAUGUGAUCUUGUCUCAUUAGUCUUUAGGUUAUAUUCUUACAGUAAGUGUUAGCAAGUAUCCGUUUAUUUAAAUGAUCAUUCGUUUGUGACGAAGUCAAUUAUGAUAGUUCCUUUUCGUUAUAUAAUAAAGAAUGAUAUUCUUAGAAAAA